AUUCGACAUACAGAGAAUCAACGAGUCUGCUUCAGUCGUUGAAGAAACACGACCGGCAGAGAGCUUCUUCUCUCGAAAUAAUUUAUAAAUAGUAAAAAAAAUAAUUAUCAAAAAUUUAGAUAAAAUAAAUUACUGAAUUAAAAUAGUUUAAUGGAACAUCUUGAUUGAGACAGUUUUUUUUUUCUUUCAUUGGAGUUGAUGAUGGAGCUUGGAUUUAAGAUAAUUAUUGUCUUGUUACUUGCUGGAUUUAUUAUUGAAGUUUCAAGUCAACAAGAAAUAUUUGAUUGUCCAAAAAAAUGCUGGUGUUAUCACACAAGUGUUAGAUGUAUGUUUCAAAGUCUUACUUGGGUACCAAAAGUACCUAAAAAUACAACAGUCUUAGAUUUAAGAUUCAAUGACAUUACCGAUUUAUUACCAGAAACAUUUAUCGGACUAAAAAGCCUCGACACAAUUUUGCUAAAUGAUAAUAAGCUAAAAAGUCUAAAAGAAAAUGCAUUUAUCGGAUCGUAUAAUUUAAAAAUAUUAUAUUUAUACAAAAAUCAUAUUAAUAAUAUAAAUCCUGGUGCAUUUAAUGAGCUGAUAAAUUUACAACAGCUAUAUCUACAUGACAAUGAGCUAACUGUAAUUGAAUCAAAAACAUUUAAAAAUUUACCAAAAUUAGAACGUUUAUUUUUACAAAAUAAUAAACUACAUAAAAUUCCAUUUGAUGCAUUUGAAAAUUUUGGUAGUAUGACAAGAUUGAGAUUGGAUAGUAAUGAUCUUAUUUGUGAUUGUGAUCUUGUUUGGCUUGUUGAAAAAUUAAAAGAAAGACCAUCUGAAAUUGCAGCAAUAUGUCAGGCACCAAUUGAAAUGCAGGGUCGUUCAUUAAAUUCAAUGUCACCAGAUGAUUUCCAUUGUCAUACACCAAAAAUAAUGGAAGGACCAGAAGAUGUACAUGUUGCAGUUGGUGAUACAGUAUUUUUUAAUUGUCGUGUUAUUGGUGAUCCAAAGCCAUCAAUAAAAUGGAUGAAAAAUUCAAACGACAUGAUUAUUGAUGGUAGUCGUUAUUUUAUGAAAGAUGAUGGUACACUUGUUAUAACAGAUAUAACUGAAUAUGACAUUGGUGAAUAUGAAUGUAUUGCUGAAAGUAAAAUGGGUAAAAUAUCAUCAAGAAAAGCAAGAGCAGUUGUAACAGCAAGUCCAUUGAUUCGUUUUAUUGAAAUACCAUCAUCACAAACAGCCAACAGUGGUGAUGAUGUAUCAUUUACAUGUGUUGUUGAUAGUAGACCACCAGCUAAAAUUGAAUGGUGGAGAAAUGGACAAAAAAUUACCAGCCAAGAUAAUAUAUUUAUUGAAGAUAAUGGUAAUACAUUGAGAUUAUUAUCAGUUGAUGUAAAAGAUACUGCAAGAUAUAUUUGUCAAGCUAAAAGUAGUCUUGGUAUGUCUGAGGUAUCUGCUGAUUUAAAAGUUAUUAAUAAAAAUAAUAAACCACCAAAAUUAAUAUACGAACCACCAAGUAAUUUAGUUAGUGAAAUUGGUGCAAUUGUUGAACUUCCAUGUCGUGCUGAAGGUGAACCAAAACCAAUAAUAAAUUGGAAAAAAGAUGGUAGUGCAUUGGAGCUAAAUUCACGUUAUAAAUUAUCAAGAGGUGGAAAUUUAUAUAUUAAAAAUAUAACAGCUAACGAUGCUGGAAGAUAUGAAUGUACAGCUGUCAAUGAAUAUGGUCGUGCAACAUCACAAUGUUUAUUAAAAAUACAACAAACAACUGGUACAAGUGAUACAAUUAUAAAACGUGCAUUUAAUGAUGCAACUAAAUCAAUUGACAAAGCAAUUAAUCAAACACUUGAAUCUUUAUUUGGUAUUAAUGAUGAUAAAAGUAAAAAAUUACAUACAGAUCCAUUUAGAUUAGCAAGAUAUCCAAAUGAAAUUGCACGUGCUGCAGCAAGACCAGCUGAAAUAUUUGAAAGAACACUUGUUAAUAUACGUCGUUACAUUGAUCAAGGUGUAACAGCAAAUACAUCUGGUCCAUUUAAUUACAGUGAUAUAUUAUCAAUUGAACAAAUACAAGAAAUUGAAAGACUAUCUGGUUGUACUGGACAUCGUCAAGUUAAAAAUUGUAAUAAUCUUUGUUAUCAUAAAAAAUAUAGAACAAUUGAUGGUUCAUGUAAUAAUUUAAAACAUCAAACAUGGGGUUCAUCAUACACUGGUUUUCGUAGAAUACUACAGCCAAUAUAUGAAAAUGGUUUUUCACAGCCAAUUGGAUGGGAAAAAGGUAGACUAUAUUAUGGCUAUAAAAAACCAGCAGCAAGAUUAAUAUCAACAACAUUAAUAUCAACUAAAAAAAUAACAUCUGAUAAUGGAAUAACACAUAUGGUUAUGCAAUGGGGACAAUUUCUUGAUCAUGAUUUAGAUCAUGCAUUACCAGCAGUAUCAAGUGAAUCAUGGGAUGGUAUUGAUUGUAAAAAAUCAUGUGAUAAUGCAGCUCCAUGUUUUCCAAUGGAAGUACCACCUGGUGAUCCAAGAGUUAAAAAUAGAAGAUGUAUUGAUUUUGUACGUACAAGUGCUGUUUGUGGUUCUGGUAUGACUAGUUUAUUAUGGGGUAAUGGUUUAAAACCACGUGAACAAAUGAAUCAAUUAACAAGUUAUCUUGAUGCAUCACAAGUUUAUGGUUACAAUGAUGAACUUGCUAAAAAUUUACGUGAUUUACAACAAGGUAAUGAUCGUGGUUUAUUAAGAGAAGGUCCAGCAUUACCAGGAAGAAAAGCAAUGUUACCAUAUGCAUCUGGAGAAUUUGUUGAUUGUCGAAGAAAUCCAUUAGAAAGUACAAUAAAUUGUUUUGUUGCUGGUGAUAUUAGAGCAAAUGAACAAGUUGGUUUAUUGGCAAUGCAUACAAUAUGGCUUAGAGAACAUAAUAGAAUUGCUAGACUUUUGAAUGAAUAUAAUCCACAUUGGACAGGUGAAAAAAUAUAUCAAGAAUCAAGAAAAAUUGUUGGUGCUGAAAUGCAACAUAUAACAUAUCAACAAUGGAUACCAAUAAUAUUUGGAAAAAAUAUUGAACAACUUAUUGGUCAUUAUGAUGGAUAUAAUCCAAAUAUUGAUCCAAGUAUAUCAAAUGUAUUUGCAGCAGCUGCAUUAAGAUUUGGUCAUUCAAUUAUUCAGCCACGUCUUGAAAGAUUAAAUGAAACAUUUGGUAGUAUACCACAAGGACCAUUAAGUUUACGUGAUGCAUUUUUUUCACCAUGGAGAUUAGUUGAUGAGGGUGGUGUUGAUCCAUUGAUACGUGGUAUGUUUGCAACAGCAGCAAAAUUAAAAUUACCAAAUGAAAAUUUAAAUACUGAAUUAACUGAGCAAUUAUUUAAAACAGCUCAUGCUGUUGCACUUGAUUUAGCUGCAAUGAAUAUACAAAGAUCAAGAGAUCAUGGUAUAACUGGUUAUUCUGAUUGGAGAAAAUUUUGUAAUAUGUCUAUUCCAAAUAGCUUUGAUGAUCUUAGUAAUGAAAUAUCAAAUGAUAAAAUAAGAAAUAAAUUAAAAGAACUUUAUGGACAUCCUGGUAAUAUUGAUGUUUGGGUUGGUGGUAUUUUAGAAGAUCAACUACCUGGUAUGAAAGUUGGACCAUUAUUUAAAUGUUUAUUACUUGAACAAUUUAAAAGAACAAGAGAUGCUGAUAGAUUUUGGUAUGAAUCACCAACGACAUUUAAACCAGAACAAUUACAACAAAUAAAACAAGUUAAUUUGGCUAGAAUUAUUUGUGAUAAUGGUGAUAAUAUUACAAAAAUUCAACCAAAUGUAUUUUUAUUGCCUGAAAAUGAUAAUGAUUUUAUUGAUUGUAAUGAUAUACCAUCAAUGGACAUAAGAAUUUGGUCAGAUUGUUGUGAAAAUUGUGAUGAAGUUGGUAAUUCAAUAUCAAGAUCCAAAAGAAAUGCUGAUAAAUAUUCAGAAAUUAAUAAUAUUGGUAUUGAAUCAAUGAGAAUAACUCAAUGUGAAGAUCAAUUAUCUGAUAUUAAAAAAUCAAUUGAAAAACUUGAAAAAGAACUUGAUAAACUUUAUGGUGAAAUUGAUCGUGUAUCAAAUAAAAUAUCAAAUCCAGUUUAGCUAUUUAUAAAAUUUGUAUAUAUUAUACUUAUAAUCAAAUAAUAUAAAUUAUAUUUUCCUGUAAAUUACAUUUUUAUUAACUAACAAAUAUAAUUAAAAAUUAAUUUUUUAUAUUAUACAAUAAUUUGAUAAUUAAAAACCAAUGAAUUUUGUA